AUGCUUUUGGUGGAAAGACUGAUCGUGGCCUAUGAUCUAGCAUCAGCAUUGGCAUACAUGCACGAAAACUCCUUGAUCUAUCGGGAUAUCAAACAGGAGAACUUUGGCUUUGAUAUCCGAGGAGACAUAAAGAUUUUCGACUUUGGACUUAGCAAGGCCUUGAGCCCAACUCUCUUGGCCAAAAAGUCCAAGACCAUGUAUAACUUGACCCCAGUCACUGGAUCUAUUCCAUACAUGGCACCUGAAGUGACAUUGAAGCUUCCCUACAAUUGCCGGUGCGACUGUUUCAGUUUUGCCCUGUUGUUCCAUGAGAUCUUAGCACUGCGCAAGACACCCUUUCAUACCUAUCCUCCACAAGAGUAUUUUCAACGAGUAGUGAAGGGAAACGAGCGUCCAACAAUUCGCACCUCUUGGCCUGCCACCAAUGUCCUCAAGAACGGUUGGGACUUUGACCCGGGAAAGAGACCGCCCAUGAAGAGCAUUGCCUCAAUGAUCCGGUCAGAGUUAUAUGAGAGGUCAGAGCAGGACUCUGUGCUGAAUCGAUCCAUGUAUAUGAAUGACAAGUCCAUCCGCAGUUUGCAAGGUUUGGACUGUUAA